CCCAGGCGGUUCAGUCGCUCGCGGCUGGAGAGCUCGGUGGAGCUUCCAGCUGCCCUAUGGGUCUCGCUUUUUGGGUCGUCCUGGCCCCGCCAAAUAGGCGCGGGUAGACGCCCCGACUUCGGGGCCAUGGCAGUAGCCUUCUCGUCCUCCGCCGCCGCUAGUUCAGCGGAGAAGCCCGCAACUGCGCGAAGGACCCCCACCGCCUCCGCGGGCUAAAAAGCCGCUGCCUCGACGGAAUUGUGAGGACUACUAUGCUCGGUCUUGGACGCUGCCUCCCCCUCCCGCCCGUGCAGAUACCCUUCGGCUGCUCAGUCCGCCUCAGUGUCAAACUGGAAGAGAAGUAAAAUUCAACAAAUACUAUGCAUGGAGUUCUUUCUUAAUAAAAGAAAGUGAUUAUUGAGACUAUGGAUCGGAGCAAACGGAAUUCAAUUGCAGGAUUUCCCCCACGUGUGGAACGUCUUGAAGAGUUUGAAGGUGGUGGUGGAGGGGAUGGAAACAUGACUCAGGUGGGAAGAGUUUGGCCAUCCUCAUACAGAGCUCUUAUAAGUGCCUUUUCCAGACUGACUCGUUUGGAUGACUUCACCUGUGAAAAAAUAGGGUCUGGUUUCUUUUCUGAAGUGUUCAAGGUACGCCACCGAGCUUCUGGUCAGGUGAUGGCUCUUAAGAUGAACACAUUAAGCAGUAACCGGGCAAAUAUGCUGAAAGAAGUACAGCUCAUGAAUAGACUUUCCCACCCCAACAUUCUUAGGUAUUUGGGUGUAUGUGUACAUGAAGGACAGUUGCAUGCACUUACAGAGUAUAUCAACUCUGGGAACUUGGAACAGUUGCUAGACAGUAACUUGCAUUUGCCCUGGACUGUGAGGGUGAAACUGGCCUAUGACAUAGCAGUGGGCCUCAGCUACCUUCACUUCAAAGGCAUUUUCCAUCGGGACCUCACAUCAAAGAACUGCCUGAUAAAGAGAGAUGAGAAUGGUUAUUCUGCAGUGGUGGCUGACUUUGGCCUAGCUGAGAAGAUUCCUGAUGCCAGCAUGGGAAAUGAGAAGUUGGCUGUGGUGGGAUCACCCUUCUGGAUGGCACCCGAGGUUCUCCGAGAUGAGCCCUAUAAUGAGAAGGCAGAUGUGUUCUCUUAUGGUAUCAUCCUCUGCGAAAUCAUCGCCCGCAUCCAGGCUGAUCCAGACUAUCUUCCCCGCACAGAGAAUUUCGGGCUGGACUAUGACGCUUUCCAGCACAUGGUGGGAGACUGUCCCCCAGACUUUCUGCAGCUCACCUUCAACUGCUGUAAUAUGGACCCCAAACUGCGUCCAUCCUUUGUGGAGAUUGAGAAGACCCUGGAGGAAAUUAUGAACCGCCUACAGGAAGAAGAGCUGGAGAGGGACAAGAAGCUGCAACCCACAGCAAAGGGACCCUUAGAGAAAGUGCCUUCGGGGAAGAGGCUGAGCUCACUGGAUGACAAGAUCCCCCACAAGUCACCACGUCCAAGACGUACUAUUUGGCUGUCUCGAAGCCAGUCAGACAUCUUUUCUCGUAAACCCCCACGUACAGUGAGUGUCUUGGACCCCUAUUACCAGCCACCAAGAGAUGGUGCUACCCGUACCCCCAAAGUCAACCCUUUCAGUGCUCGUCAGGACCUCAAGGGCGGCAAGAUCAAGCUCUUUGACCUACCCAGCAAGUCUGUAAUCUCCCUGGUAUUUGACCUGGAUGCACCAGGGCCUAGAACUACACCCCUAGCUGACUGGCAAGAGCCCUUGGCCCCACCUGCUCGCCGAUGGCGCUCUUUGCCUGGUUCACCAGAGUUCUUGCAUCAGGAGGCCUGUCCAUUUGUGUGCCAUGAAGAAUCACUAUCUGAUGGGCCCCCACCAAGACUCAGUAGUCUCAAGUACAGGGUAAGAGAGAUCCCGCCAUUCCGGGCAGCUGCUCCAGCCCAUGAGGCCAUGGACUGCUCUACUCCCCAGGAAGAGAACGGUUUUGGGCCCAAGCCCCAGGAGACAAGCCCAUAUUGCAGAAGUGCCUCUGAGGAAAUGGAGGUAGAAGAAGGCAAGCCAAGAAACUUGGCUGCAGUCCCCUAAUCUAUCUCGAGCAUAGGACUGCAAGUCCAGGGAGAACAGGAUGGGUAAGGGGGUUUAGUCCCUGUCUUACCUUGGGGAUGGACCUUCAGUUGAAGCCAUAGGGACCCCUUGGUGCACAUCCUCCACUCAUCCCUGGAGCCUGGCGAGCAGGUCAAGCCAGGCUAAACUUUUGGGUUCCUAUUUACCCAAUGGCUGCAUGAGAGGGAAGGCAGCAGUGAGAGGCCUUCCUAGUUAGGGCCAACUGGUGAUGUUAAGCAAGGAGCUCUAGUUUCUACCUGACCCAAGUAUAAUUCCCCAGACAGGACCAGAGAACUCUUAGUUGUAGGUUGAGCUGGCAGGCGGUAUUACCCUGGUUCUUCUACCAUCCCAAAUCUAUGUUGCCUUUUUUGGGGGCAUAUAAGCUACCGGAUGGAACUUGGAGCUGACCAGGAAAUUAUAAAGGGCUGAAGACUGGGGUGCUUCUUGCCAGUAUGUCUAAGACACUUGAAUAAUUGCUGUUUGCACUUAUUGCAUGGUCAGACCACAUCACUACGUUUCUAUGCAGGGGGAGGGCAAGGUAGUGUGGUGGUCAUGGCUCUUAGCUAACCCAUUCAAAGAACUUUUCCAGUUGAUUAAUCUAUUUUCAUAUUUAUAAAGGAGUCUUAAUGUUCUGCCUCAUUAAGACUUUCAACCUUGUGGUUGGGAGUGGGGCUGGUUUUGUAGGCCCUAGGGCCUGCUCUAUGUUAUCAACAGGUGAUAAACACCCAGUUGGUUAAAUGGUUUAUACUUGGACUGAUUUUUUUUCCCUUCCUGCUAUAGCUGGAGCUUCGGGAACAGUCUGUCCUUACAGAGCCGCAAUAAGAAAUAACCAAAGAAUGAAGUUGGUCAAAUAUUUUCAUAACUCGUUUCUGUUGAUUUUUUGGUAAAACUCUUCCAAGACACUUUCAGAUUUAAAAAUAAAGUUGGUGUUGCAGGUG